UCCGGACACUCUAUGAUCAGAAACCAUGGAGAAUAUCAUCUCUCAUCGUGGAUUAAUUGGCGCAAUUACCGGAGGAAACUUUUUUCAACAGCCCGCUAAUUUGUGGAGACCUUGGGAUGCCAAAGCAGGCAGGGAAUGCAGGGCCGCGACACACACGCCUUACACAAAGCCCAUUGGAGGAUUUUCAGACACCAAACACUGCAAGAGUCCUCAAAUCACACAUCCAGUAAAGUUGUUCUGGCCCAAAUCGAGAUGCUUCGAUUACCUGUACCAGGAAGCAGAGAUGCUUCUGCGCAACUACCCAGUCCAAGCAACCAUCUGCUUCUACGAAGACUCGAGCAGUGAUGAUGAUGAGGAAGAAAGUGAUGAUGACGAGGAAGAAGAGAGCGUGAAGGAGCUGAAUUAAAAAAGUUCUCGCUCUCCAAUUUAAAAAACGCUGAAUGUAUAUUUUAAUAUGAAAUUUUAAUAUAUCGUUGCAUAAUUUAUUUUUGUAAAUAUCUGUAAAUAUGCCAUAUGAAUAACG